AUGUCCGAGGUUCAGAAUCGCACAGGCGAGAGCCAUAAUGUAACUCUUUCCCGUUCGUCGGAGGCGGUGCUUGGGCUGCCACCGGCGUAUGAAGAUAUAUGCUGUUUUGUCGCCGAGUAUUCUGGGUGUUUGCCGCGCAACGUUUUCACUGGCACCGCUCCUUACGAAUAUACUGGCUGUGACUACGCACUUAUCUUGUAUGCUAUUAUGCCCAGCAAGUGUGUAGAUCUCUCCAGCCUUUGCUGGUCCACAACGCCUCUUCCAGCGCAACUGGAGGCGAAUCUGGCGGUAUUUUGCGAAGGCUCUCGUGGACUGCAGCUAUGUGACGCUCCCCUGUCUUCCCUGCACCCACACUGUCUUCGGUGCUCGCCUACCUGCAUUGUCCACCACAUCAAGGUACAGCAUUGGCUUUUUGUUUUGUCACAACGAUUUCCGCCAGAGAAGAGCUUUGAUGCCGUGACACUGCGGAUGCAGUUGCGCCAUGCCCAACUAGGCGAGCCACGCCUCGCAACAUCAGGCGCGUCCUCUUUUGCGGACGCCAACAUCACUGGAAGGAAUGGAGAGGACACGUUGACUUUCUCCUCUCCGCACUGUCAUGCUAUUUGGGAGGCACCAGCAGUGGCGGCCCCUGAAAAGGCGGAGCGUGACGAUACUGCGAUGCCCGAUGCAGCAACGGCGGCACAAAAGAAACAUAGGCUGGGUGGUGAUGGUGGGAUGCAACUGAAGCCAUGGAGAAGUGCCGCCCGCCCGUGGCGUACGGCACCCGCCACCAAAUCGACUGCUCUGCAAACCUCGCGAGCAUCACCUGCAUUGCAGUCAUCUACUGGCGGCUGCAACAAUCCGUCCAUGUCAAUAUGUAAUAAUGUUGUUGCUCAGUGGAAUGAGACUGAGCGACGGCGGUUGCAGCUCAGAGCGAAUAUUUCCCACGCCCGCCAGACACUGCAGUGUACAUUGUUUGCUGAUGGGACGAUCGACUUUGAUGGCAUUCUUUCACUCUUGCAGCAAAAGUAG